AUGACCCAUCAUAAUACACCCCAGGUAUAUAGCAAUCAGCGAACACCAAACUAUGAUCAGCAGCCUCCGGGUGCACCUACAACCGCAGGGCCGUCGACUAUGUUACCGACUAACCAACAACAUCUAUCUACCACCACCACCCACAACACCCCCAAUAUCGCACUAGACUCAAAUUACACCAUAAGUGACAACACAGCAACUUCGUCGCGCCAAUUACUCAACGCAUACAUCUACGACUUCCUCGUCAAGAGCAGAUUGUCCCGCACGGCCAAAGCGUUCGUCAACGAGGCCGAUGUGCCCCAUGUAAACAGCGGUAAUGGUAACGAUGGUAGCAGCAACAGCAGCAGCGGCAAUGGAGACAUGCCGAAGCUAAACAUGGCAAUUGAUUCACCCGGGGGAUUCUUGUAUGAGUGGUGGUUGAUUUUCUGGGAUGUGUUUCUGGCUAAACAUGGUGGGGCCAACCUGAGAAACAACAACCUAUCCUUGUCAUAUUACCAAUUGCAAGUGUUGAAACAGCGGCAAAUGCAGCAGGAAAUAACCAUGGCGUUAGCUCCACCCCAGGGCAUGCAUCCACAGCAAGUAGUACCUCAUCCACAACAAUUACACAUGCAACCACCACCCGGUGCCCCUCCUGGUGCAACCCCAGGUGGUGGGCCCGGUGCACCACCUCCAGGAGCUCCUCCUCCGCCGGGUGUCGCUGGCGGUCCUCCACAAUUCAAUCAACCCAUGGACCAGCGAAUGAUGAUGGGUAACUUCCAACAAGGUCAGCAGCCACCACAAGGUCAACUUCAACAACAACCACCGCAACAGCAACAGCAACCCCAGCAACCACCACCACCACAACAACAACAACAACCACAACCUAUGAACAUGAUGGUUGAUCCUAUGCAGCAGCAGCAGCAAAUGUACAUGCAAAGACCAGGUCAGCCACAACAAGCGCAAGCGCAAGCCCAACCCAAGACCCGAAUCCAACAGCACGCUCAAACCCAAAUGAAUAACCUCCGACAACAAGUCCGACAACAAGUCCAACAACAGCAACAACAACCGGUAAACUCGCCGAGGAGUGCCAAUGGUGUAGGUGGAAACACCCCGAAUGCAACUCGGAAAAGCCCACCUAAUAGAAAUAACGCCUUACAAGACUAUCAACAACAGCUCUUGCUUUUGGAAAAGCAAAACUCGAAACGAUUGGAGAGUGCAAGACAGCCGGACACUGUUCCUACUCCUCAAGCGCAACAACCGGGUAAAUCUCCCAACAUGGGCAAGAAGAAGAAGGAACCCGCCGUGAAACGAGGCAGAAAGGGUUCAGUCACUCAACAAACCACUACACCAGCAGUGUCUCAGCCCAACAGUGCGGGAAAUAAUCUCGGUGGAUCAGUCAACAAUACACCCACCAUAACAAAAAAGGAGUAUUCUAUCCCAUUAACACCCGUGUCCGAACCCAACGAUGCUAAUAAACGUAAGCGGAAGAACAGUACGGGUGGCAACGACUCGCCCAAGAAACAAGCGGCCAAGCAGAAGGAGAAGACCAUCAAAGAGGAAGAAGUGGAAAAGCCUGUGGAAACCGCUGACGAUAUCGUCACUUCAUCAUUCGACGACCCUAUGUUCAGCGUUGAGUUACUAGGCGAUAGUACAACCAAUGAUGCCGGACAAAAUCUCGAGGAUAUUGAUUUUGAUUUCAACCAGUUUUGGGGAAGCAAUACCGGUGCUACGGGUGAAGGCGUCGAUGACAGUAUCCUGGGUUUUAAUUGGAGCGGUGUGGAUGAUUAG